AUGCAUGUUACAGGGUUUCGGCCCUCGGUUGUGCCCAACACGACGAUUUGCUGCCGCGAUUUAAAGAGUCCUUCUCCGACAAACUUCGUCAGAAGGCCGCCUAAAAUUUUAUCCUCAUCAGUUGACACACGUCUUCGGAGAAAGAGAAAGAAACUCCUAAUCGAAGACGACCAGGCUGGUGUACCUGAAGGCGGUACUGUCGGAGAUGCUCCGGCUGUACCCGUCGGUGUCGGUGGCGGAGGACUCAUAGCUCAUGGUGGUGGACGACGUGCUGCCGGACUGGACGCUCGUGCUAGGGGAUUCAAGCAUGACCUUCUCAAUCUACUCGACAGGCCGGAUAUUCUGAAUGAGGAAAGGAGGAAAGAUAGAAGCGAGGAAAAGGGCAGUGGAAAUAAUGUGUAUGUGACAACCACGUUUUGGAUGAAAGCAUGUGAAGCUGCGCCAGCGCCGUUGGAGAAGACAUACGAUGACUGCUCGAGUUGGACCAAGAAGGCCACCACCUUCACCGGCACCGGCACCGGCACCUCCGCUCUCACUCCCGGUUUGCGUGUCUGUGUGUUGGACAGAGUCGAUGUGUGGCCAUUGGAGAGGAUGAAGCAUUUGCAGAAAGCCAAUUGUCCUUUCGUUUAA